AUGCAAUUUGAGUGCGCGUUCUGUGACAAGGCCUACAACCACCGCAAGACUCUGAACAGGCACGUCAGAGACAAACACCCUGAGCAGACUGGUGGUCAAUCUUCUGACCCCAGCUCGGCGGUGGUUGUCUCUGGCGUGCCUGUGCAGGGUCUUGCGGUGGUUGCUUCGCCGGCUGUCGCUGCCCCUGUCGCUGCUCCUGUCGUUGCUCCUGCCCCUCUUCCUCUCUUUUCCUCUGCCUUGCCCUCUUCUUAUCCCCCCCUCUCUUCCUCUUCCUCUUCCUCGCCGUCGCCGCCGCCGGUGGCUGACAAUCAACGACAGCUCCGGUCUUCUCGCUCGACGAGGAACCAAGACAACAACCCAACGCCGCGAAAUCGGGCCGGCCUGGCCGAUUUCGACGUGACCGAGGGCUUGCCUGUGCAACGCUACGAGCGAAGAAGUGUCACCAUCAACCAGGACGCCUCCGCUGACCAGGCGGACGGCAACAAUCAAUCGGCCGAGAACAAUGACAGCAACAACACCUGGGCUGAGCUACCUCUGCCGUCAUUCUGGCCGCAGCUCUCACCAGUCAAUCAGGAACUGGUCCGUCGUGCACGCGCUCCCAAUCCCAAUGCCAAACUGUCGAUUUGGGACCGAAAGACCUCAAGCUGGAUCCCCGGCAUCGAACUUGAGAGGCGCGAGGCAGCGAGAAAAGCACAGCUGAACAAAGCCAAGCACAGCUCUGCUGCAAACGUCGAUGCAAUGAAUGUUGACGAUGAAGAAGACAAGAACGACGAAGACAAUGACGAUCUGAUGGACGUCGAAGGUCUCGCACCGGAUGCAAAACGUCGCAAAGCAACCUCUGGCUCAAACGAACGAGUGUUUGAAGUUAAGAGAUGGGAGAGAGUGCCUGUUGCUGUCGCCGAAAAGAUGCCAGAACCCAAGUACCUUGCCGACCGCCGACCGGGAAUGGAGAGUCUCUACAAGGGAGCAUACAAAGCCACGAACGGAUUCGGAACCAUUGGAGACGCUGUUGCUGCGGCCAUGAGUGGUGGUGCUACGGGAUUUGACCUUGGUGAUGGUGCCGGUCUCGGGAAUGCUUCUGCCAUCCUUGCCCCAGGAUCUGGAUCUGGUGUGCACAAUCCACAAGCAGACGGCACAUCUACGCCUGUUCGAAAGAACAUGCCUCCGAGGCGCAAGAAGAAGAAGCUCGGUGGACCUGGGAGGAAGCCUAAGAAUCCGAAUCCCGAACCCGCUGCAGCUGCCGCUAUUUCUGCUGCGGCUACUGAAGACACCGCUGCCGCAAGCACCGUCGGAGACGUAACCAUGAGAAACACACCCGAAACAGCCGUUGAAGGCGCUGACAACGCAAACGGAACACCCGCCAUCCAAGGCGAUGCACUUAUGCAGGACGCCGACGGAGAAGGGUCUGGAUCAGAGAGUGAAGGAGAGGGAAGUGAGGAGGGAGAGAUAAGCGCUGCCAUUGACCCGGCUCUUACUGCAAACACCACUGUCGUCGAUCUCACACUUACUGAACACACUCCUGUCAUCGAUCCCGCACUUUCUGAUCACACUCCUGUCAUCGAUCCCGCACUUUCUGAUCACACUCCGAUCAUUGAUCCUGCACUUUCUGAGCACACACCUAUCAUCGAUCCCGCAAUUUCCGAAAACACCCCUACCAUCGAUCCCGCUCUUACCGAGGACCCCUUGGCCACGCAAAUCACUCCCAAGCCAGUGGAGGAAGCCGCUUUGCCUCAAAUAGAUGGUGCUUCUGAAGAACACAUGAAGGAAGAAGACACCGAGAAGAAAGAAGACGUUGCAGCUACUGAACCUGCUGACAGCCCUGAGAAACCCGAAGCUGAGGCCGACGCGGAUGCAAAUCAUCCAGGUCUAGGUGCCAACGCUGACGCUGUCUCUGCCCCUGUAAUUGAGCAGGAGGCCAAGAUGAAAGAACACGAAGAAGGUGGAGGUGAAGGUGACGAAAUGGAUGUGCUUGGUGCGCUUGAGGCUGCAGUGGACAAGGAGACCAACGAAGAUGCCUGA